UCUGUCUCUCUCCUCCCUCCCUCCCUCCCUCCCUCCCUCCCUCCCUCCCUCCCUCUCUCUUUAAAGUGGCAGGGUUAUCUUUCUCUUCCCCAGCUAGCCAUCAGAAUGGUCACACCUGCUCUCCGCCUCUCCCUCUCCACUCUAUUCCUCCUCCUUUCUCUCACUCAAAGGAUCUCUCACUCAUAGAUCACACUUCUAUCUAUCACUCUCCUUGUCUCUUUGUUCCUCGGUAGUUUUGUUCCUCGGUGGGCAUCUUUUGGUGCAUUGUCAACUGUUCAAGCAGGAUGUAUAACAACAGCGAAGAGAAUCCCAGGUGAUUUGAGGGGUAUAGCAAGAGAAUCAAAUGUCAUUUUACAGGGCCAUACAACUAAUGGUGAGUCCCUUCAUUGAAACAUCUUAUGUAUAUGCUGUGAAUACAUGUGAUGCUGUGAAUACAUGUGAUGCUGUGAAUACAUGUGAUGCUGUGUGAAUACAUGUGAUGCUGUGAAUACAUGUGAUGCUGUGAAUACAUGUAUAUGCUGGGAAUACAUGUGAUAAUGCUGUGAAUACAUGUGAUGCUGUGUGAAUACAUGUGAUGCUGUGAAUACAUGUGAUACUGUGAAUACAUGUAUAUGCUGUGAAUACAUGUGAUGCUGUGUGAAUACAUGUGAUGCUGUGAAUACAUGUGAUGCUGUGAAUACAUGUAUAUGCUGGGAAUACAUGUGAUGAUGCUGUGAAUACAUGUGAUGCUGUGAAUACAUGUGAUGCUGUGAAUACAUGUGAUACUGUGAAUACAUGUAUAUGCUGUGAAUACAUGUGAGUAUUCAAAACAAACAGAAUUAUACCGAAGAGGGUUAUGGCCAAUUCCAUUUCAAUUCUAACCAUAAAGUUAACCAAAAUUCGAAUUUGACAUUUUCCUAAUUGAAAAGCAUUGAAAAGAAUAAGAUUUCGGAAUGUCAGUGUACUUCCUGAAUUGACCUCAACACUUUAAUACUGAACAAACAAAGACAUGUAGUAAAAUGCUUCUAACUGGACAAGACAUACAUAGAUGGAUGAGGAGGUGGGAGAAAUGUUCAUUUUGACAGAAAAUAUCAAUGUGAAAUAGUACUGUCUGUGUGAACGAAUGAAAGAUAACAGUUUACAUUUGCAGUUUUCACUACAGUGCCACUUGACUAGACUGUGCGAGGUUUAUUGCCUUUCAAUUCUGUACGCGUCUGUUUUUUUUGUGCACUAAUAGUUCCCUACGCUGAAGUGUGUACAUCCAUUCCAGGGACAUCUGAGUGCAAGAUAUUGGCACUUCUCUAAGUAUUACCGUAGUCACCAGUACUUAUAUAUACAGGCCUUGAAAAAAUUGCAUAUACAUAAAUUACAGAUGACCCUAUAAGAAACAGUACAGGUACCUGCAUUAGCGUGACCUUUCACCUUUAACCCUGCUGUCAUGGAAGACGCGAUGUUGGUGCGUACGGACGGGAAUUCUCUGCUCAAGGCUGUGUUCCUGAGCCGACUGCGUCUGACACGCCUGCUGCUGGAGGGAGGUGCUUACAUCAACGAGAGCAACGAGCGCGGCGAGACGCCCCUGAUGGUGGCGUGCAGGACGCGCCACACGGACGCACAAAGCGUGCCCAAACACAAGAUGGUUCGGUAUCUGCUGGAGAGCGGAGCUGACCCAAAUAUCCAGGACAAGACCGGUAAGACGGCCCUGAUGCAUGCCUGUUUGGAACAGGCGGGGGCAGAGGUCCUCUCUCUACUGCUGGGGAGUGGAGCUGACCCCAGCCUGGACGACCACUCUGGCUUCUCAGCACUGGUCUAUGCCGUCAACGCAGGGGACAACGAGGCCCUGAGAGUCCUACUGGAUGCCUGCAAGGCCAAGGGCAAGGAGGUCAUCAUCAUCACCACGGACAAGCUGCCGUCAGGACGCCAGAUGACCAAGCAGUACCUGAACGUACCCCCGCCUCCCGACCUGGAAGAGCGCCUGCAUUUCACCCCUGGCUCUGCUGCCUGCCUCAUGUCCCCCUCAGAGAUCCAGCUCCGCACCCCUCCACAGGGCACCUCAGCCACUGCCUCACCCCAGCCAGGGAGCCCCCUCCUGGGCCUCAGGGAGCACCACCACCAGGGUGGUGGAACAAACAUCUCUGGGUCUGCUGGUUCUGGUUCUUCUCAGCCGGGCUCCCCGACCAGGGACCCUAACUUGUUUCGAGGCCCCGGUCCAGGGGUGGUGAAGCUGUUCCAUCCCCAGCGGCUCCACUCUGAACCCUGGCUGCAGCAGAACAAGGCCUCCAGCCUGACCGAGGAGCUGCUGGACAUCACCCCAGAGGAAGAGCUCUCCUUCCGGGUCAACAGCCUGGUCUUCUCUGGGUCCGGAAGGGUGGGGCCCGGGGCACAUCCGAUCGUCGCCCGCCACCAAAGUAUCGACCCCAAGGAUGCCACGGGGCUGCUGGAGCAGGUGAUUGAGAGUGACGGAUGUGGCGGGGUAGGAGGAAGAGGAGGCCUUAGUAGGAAGAUGUCUUACGACAGUGCUGCAGCUUAUUCCCACCCAAACCUCCUGCACCGGGGGGACGGAGGAAGCUAUGGAGGCUACCCCUGUGGCACCCAUGAGCCUGUCCUCCCCGUAAACAAAACCUCUCCAGACUGUUGCCUUCCCAACCUGGCUGUGUCCAGCCUGAGGAAUGUGGUUCGCCGCCGCAACAUUGGCAUAGACCAUUACAGCUCUGACUCCCAGCUUCCCCAGUUUGGCAGCCACAGCAGCCAUCCAGAGAGUGGAGACUCCUCCAGGGGUGUUGUAGGGGGAACUGAGAAGCGUAAACUGGUCAGUAGUAGAUCCUCCACACUGUCGGGCUCCCGGGAGUCCCUGGAGAGUGCUGCCCAGAGAAGAGGUCCUGCAAACCUGGAGAGGAGAGGCUCGGGGGCCCUGCUCCUGGAUCACAUCUCCCACACCCGUCCGGGGUACCUGCCCCCUCUCAACCCCCACGCACCCAUACCUGACAUCGGGGUCAGCCCCACCUCAACCUGCCCCAGCCUGAGUGGAAGCACCAAGGCACUGAAUCUGAAUGGGGGUGUUGCAGGGCUGGGAUCAAAGCCUCUUGUCCCCUGUGCUCCUGCCACCCCCAGAGAUCUGAAGUCAAAGCAGACACUGCUGAGGAGACACUCCAUGCAGACAGAGCAGAUUAAACAGCUGUUCAACCUCCAGGAGAUAAUCCAUGCAGACAGAGCAGAUUAAACAGCUGUUCAACCUCCAGGAGAUAAUCCAUGCAGACAGAGCAGAUUAAACAGCUGUUCAACCUCCAGGAGAUAAUCCAUGCAGACAGAGCAGAUUAAACAGCCAUUCAACCUCCAGGAGAUAAUCCAUGCAGACAGAGAAGAUUAAACAGCUGUUCAACCUCCAGGAGAUAAUCCAUGCAGACAGAGCAGAUUAAACAGCUGUUCAACCUCCAGGAGAUAAUCCAUGCAGACAGAGCAGAUUAAACAGCCGUUCAACCUCCAGGAGAUAAUCCAUGCAGACAGAGCAUAUUAAACAGCUGUUCAACCUCCAGGAGACACUCGAUGCAGACAGAGCAGAUUAAACAGCUGUUCAACCUCCAGGAGACACUCCAUGCAGACAGAGCAGAUUAAACAGCUGUUCAACCUCCAGGAGACACUCCAUGCAGACAGAGCAGAUUAAACAGCUGUUCAACCUCCAGGAGACACUCCAUGCAGACAGUGAAGAUUAAACAGCUGUUCAACCUCCAGGAGAUAAUCCAUGCAGACAGAGCAGAUUAAACAGCCGUUCAACCUCCAGGAGAUAAUCCAUGCAGACAGAGCAGAUUAAACAGCUGUUCAACCUCCAGGAGAUAAUCCAUGCAGACAGAGCAGAUUAAACAGCUGUUCAACCUCCAGGAGAUAAUCCAUGCAGACAGAGCAGAUUAAACAGCUGUUCAACCUCCAGGAGACACUCCAUGCAGACAGUGCAGAUUAAACAGCUGUUCAACCUCCAGGAGAUAAUCCAUGCAGACAGAGCAGAUUAAACAGCCGUUCAACCUCCAGGAGAUAAUCCAUGCAGACAGAGCAGAUUAAACAGCUGUUCAACCUCCAGGAGAUAAUCCAUGCAGACAGAGCAGAUUAAACAGCUGUUCAACCUCCAGGAGCUCUUUCGGCCAAUAAGACGAACGAUGCUAGACUGAUCCCAGAUCUGUUUGUGCCGUCUUGGUCCUGUUACUCCUUGGCAAAACAGCACAAACAGUCCUGGGACCAAAAAAAGGUUGCAUUUUCUUUGUGUCUGGCUACUGUGUGCUUGGCUGACUGUGAUCGCUUCCUAUGUCAAGCAUUGUUGCUGCUGUGUGACCAUGGCAUUGUUGCUGCUGUGUGACCAUGGCAUUGUUGCUGCUGUGUGACCAUGACGUCGUGCUGCUGUGUGACCAUGGCAUUGUUGCUGCUGUGUGACCAUGGCAUUGUUGCUGCUGUGUGACCAUGACGUCGUGCUGCUGUGUGACCAUGACAUCAUGCUGCUGUGUGACCAUGACAUCAUGCUGCUGUGUGACCAUGGCGUCAUGCUGCUGUGUGACCAUGACAUCAUGCUGCUGUGUGACCAUGACAUCAUGCUGCUGUGUGACCAUGACGUCGUUAACAAAUAACUACCAGAAGAGUUCUUGCUCAUCCCAGCUUUUUCAAUGUGCUUAAUUACACUUAUUUUGCCAACCAGACUUGUCAUUCCAUCAAGCUCAUGAGGGAAUAACGAUUCAGAGGACCACCUAGCAUCAGGACCAUUGAGAACAUGCCAGGAUUAAUUAAUCGAUCGCUCUCCGUUUGAAGCCUGAGAUGCAGAAACUGCAUGGCACAACAGACAGAAAUGCUUUAAAAAAUAAAAAAUCUAUAGUUACAAUCGUAAUAUUAUUUUGGGACGAUAUCACAUCGAUUCUCUUUGCCUGGUAGCGUUAGCUUGCGCCAGUCGGCUGUGCCAACGCCAAAACUCUAUUUUUCAUCCCGUAGCUUUGUUCUCCAUUGUCUUAUUAAAUAGUGUUUAAAACAACGUGUUGUCAUCACUUUUAUUUCCAUGACGUCUCAUAAAGAAUUUCCCCAUGGCUCUCUGGUCUCUCUGCAGCAGAGUCGUGGAGGAUGGUGGGAGGAGCUAAAAGGUGGACAGGCUCAUUGUAAUGGCUGGAAUUAAAUCAAUGGUUUACAUAUGUUUGUGGUUGAUACCGUUCCAUUAAUUCCAUUCUAGUCAUAACAAUGAGCCCGUUCGUCUAUAGCUCCUCCCACCAGCUUUCUCUGCAACAGACAUAU